AUGGAGGGAUCUGAGAUUGAAGCAUUCACGAGGAGGUGCAAAAAGGUGGGCCAUGUGGCCAAAGACUGUAGAGCCCUACAACCAAAGCAACAGCAACAGCAAAAUCAGCAGCAUCAACGACAGCAACGACAACAACCCCAGCAGAACCUGGGCUUUAAGAAAGGGUGUUUCCAGUGUGGGGAUGAGGGUCACAUCAAGGGAGAUUGCCCUCAACUGAAUCAGAGUGUUGGUAGUAACAACAAUGGGAACAAUAACAACAGGAACAACAAUAAUGGGGGCAAUGGUGGAAAUGGUGCGCACAGGAGGGUGUUCACUAUUGGAGCUGGGGAAGCCAGGAGUGAUGGCAACGUAGUGACUAGUACGUUUUCGAUAAAUGAUUUAUUUGCUUCUGUUUUAUUCAACUCUGGUGCUGAUUAG